AUGAACUGGAGACUUGCUUGGGCAGCCACCACUUCAAAACUUGUGUGCUACUUCACUAACUGGUCCCAGUACAGAGACGGGCCAGCCAGAUUUUUACCAGACAAUGUGGAUCCCCAUCUGUGCACUCACCUCAUGUUUGCCUUUGCCAUCAUAAGCUAUGGCAAUGAGCUGGUGGCCUCUGACUGGAAUGAUGAUGCACUUUAUAAAUCCUUCAAUGCCUUGAAAACUCGGAACCCAAAAUUAAAAACUUUGUUGUCUGUAAAAGGGCAGGACACAGAUUCAGCUAACAAAUUCUCUCAAAUGUUGUCUUCCUCCUAUUCACGGCAGCAGUUCAUCCAGUCCUCCAUCAGACUACUGCGGACUAAUGGCUUUGACGGACUGGACUUGGCCUGGCAAAGCCCCGCAUCUCAAGGGCGCCCUCCAGAGGACAGGAGGAGAUUUACACUACUAUGCAAGGAGCUUGUGGAGGCAUACAAGGCUGAAAGCAAAGCCAGUGGUUACCAGAGACUGAUGAUCACUGCUGCUGUGGCUGCAAAAAGAAAUGUCAUUUACAUUAGCUAUGACGUCCCACAGAUCUCACAGUACCUGGACUUCAUCAGCGUGUUGACCUUUGGCUUUCAUGAAAGUCAAGAGAGUCUGACUAAUCACCACAGCCCAUUAUAUAGUGGGGAGCACCAAACAGGAGAGAGUCUGCAUUAUAAUGUAAACUCUGCCAUCUUAUAUUGGCAGGAGCAGGGUGCCCCUGCGGAGAAGCUACUGAUGGGGUUUCCUACCUUUGGACGCUCGUUUCUCCUCACUUUCACAGAGACUGGCCUUGGGGCCCCUACCAGUGGCUCUGCUGUGGCUGGACCAUAUACUCAAGAGAUGGGUCUCUGGUCUAACUAUGAGAUUUGUUCCUUCCUCCAGGGUGCAAAAGUAGAGUGGAUUGAUAACCAGAAAGUUCCAUAUGCUCUGAAGGGACGUGGGUGGCUGGGUUUUGACAACCAGACUAGCUAUUAUUAUAAGGUGCAAUAUCUAAUGGAACAUAAACUCGGGGGAGCCGUUGUUUGGUCUCUUGACCUGGAUGACUUUUCUGGAGAAUUCUGUGGUCAGGGGAGCUCACCUUUAAUACGAUACCUGAAAACACAGCUAGAAAAUGGUAAGACACUUCAUGAGUAA